GGACAGCUUAUGCUGCUUAAUGAAUUGGCACAUAUCAAUUGGUGCUUGGCAUCUCAAGUGUCUGUCUCCACCUUGAUAGCGAUAAUCAUUUCCCAUGUUUUGAUUCGCAGACUUCCACUUUCGUCAUUGUUUCGACUUUAUGUCAAGCUGUCAGGCGGCGUAGAAUUUAGAUCAACAAUAACCUGGGCACCAGAUGCGUGGCUAGAUACAGCCCUAUAUCUAUUGCUCCUCAUAAGCUCUGCCCCUGAUCCGAGCGAGAAGUUCAAUCAUCAUCGUCGCAUCGCGAGCUGGCGACCAUCUCUGGCUCCCGUUAUGUCUGUAUCCACGGGUACAGUCCUUGAUCAAUCUAGCAAUCCCUGGACUCUGUCCUCAACAUGUCUGACCCUGAGCGCUCCCAUGAGGCUAAAAAUGUCGCCUUCAACGAAGAUACACAUCCAUCGACAUCCGAAUCCUUAUUGACACGGCGGCAAUGGAUUACUCGUGCAAAUCGCCAACGAACCAAUUUGGACGAAGUCGAGGUUGACGAGCGUUCCUUCAAACAUGCCCACAUAAUACGACGACCUCAUGCGUUGCAACACUUUCAUCAGGAGCAUAGGCCGAAAGAACGACUUGUCAGAUCAGACAGCGCUAGCUCCGGUGAAGGCGAACAGCGGGCUACAGACAACUUCCUGGUACAACUUACCCGUCUAGAUCUCUUCAUCGAUCUGAUAUGGGUCGGUAUCGUCGCGAAUAUUUCUGCAACAUUUAGUGAACAGGCCUUCACUGAUAGCGGCGUAAGCCAAGGGACUGCGUUCUUGGAAUACAUGCUUCUCUUCAUACCGGUAUGGAGACUCUGGGACUAUCUGAGAGAGUAUGGAAGCAAUUACUAUAGGGAUGAUGUGGUUCAACGCAACUUCAUGGUGUGGAUUCUUGUUCUGAGUGUACUCUACGGAAUCAACGCUCCUUACGCCUUCACGCCUGACGACGAGGGCAACAGUCUUACGUUGCUCAUAUGUAUAUAUCUCGUCGCCAGAGGAUCAUUUUUGAUCGCAUACGCAGUUCAAGCCGGAUUCCUGCCAUUCCUCAGACGUCAUGUUCUUUUCCAGGUUGUCACAACAGUAGCUAUUAGCGGCUUAUGGAUCGCAGCCAUAUUUGUUCCUUAUCCUGGGAAACUUGGUCUCCUACUUGCUGCAAACCUCGCCGAGCACCCUCUUGCAAUCUUCAUGGCUUCACCGGCCUCAGAUCCACUAUUGACAGGCGGAUGGGAACAUUCUCCAGAUGUUGAGCACUAUGUGGAGCGUAUAGAAGGAUUCUUCAUCAUCAUCCUCGGCGAAGGAGUCUUCAGACUGAUAGAAGGAAGUCCGUCCGGCAUGGGCCUCAACGCUGCGAGCGGCGUCGUUCUUACAGCUUUGUUGCUUUAUUAUUGUAUCCAUUGGUUAUAUUUCAAUGGUGACCAGAGCAAGGUAUAUGUCCAUGCAUUGCGACGAAAAUGGUGGAAAGGUUUUCUUUGGAAAGCACUCAUCAUUUACGCUGCUCUUUUGAUCCUCGCAGCUUCGGUCCUCUUUCUUGUCGAACAUCCGGGAGAGAAAGUUUCGACGACAACCUCAGCAGAAGUAUCUUCCGAAACGGAUCCUGUGUCCACUGAAGAUUUGCCUCAUUUCACGCUGUAUGCUUUAUGGUCAGCAUCAAUCUCUCUUUCAAGUACAAUCUUCGCCAUGACAGUGGCGGCUCUUUUAAAUCGACCGCUCGACAAACCGAAGACUCUAUUGAUCAAUUCAAGAUGGAUACGAUUGGCUCCGAGACUCCCCGCGGUAGCUCUCAUUAUAUGCUUGCCUCUAUUCAAGAGCUUAACAGCUGGUGCUUGGUGCGGAGCCUCAAUUUCUAUCCUUUAUGGUGUGUUUCUCUGGGAGUGGAUGGCUGGUAUGGAGCGAAACUGGCAGCUUAUAGAACCGAAAGAAGAAGGGGAUUAGUACAAUGAUUGCAAAGUAGUUAUCCUGUGAAUGUAACAUACGUUGAGAUUU